AUGGCAGAGUUAACCCCCCACCAUCCCUGGUCAAGCAGUCCGCCAUCCACGUUCUCUAGUCUUGGGGCAACGGACUGCGUACCGCAACAGCAAAUACCAUAUACCGGUCUCUUCCCAGCGUAUCAUUACCCAACGCCAACUGAUUCCCCUCUUCACCAACAAGACGAACUCCCUCUCCCUCCGUUCGCUCCCCAACCAGCGUCCGGUGGUGCCCACAGCGGGGUUUGCCCCGAAGCCCAAUAUUACGGCAGCUUCACCAGCCAGCCCAACCCCAGCUUCCCCGAAACAUUCUUCAAGUCUGAACCUGGGACACAACAUGGGCACCAGCCACUGCCUCAAUUUCACUCCCACUACAACAACCACCACCAAUACCGCCAACGCCAACGCCUGCUCCCACGUCGGACCUACACCCCACCGCCCAACCCACGCUCCCCGAUCACAGCCCGCAAACUCCUGAUCCGGGUCGGCGCCAUCGCGCCUUCAUCGCCCAAAGGUAACAGCCACACCAUUCACCGCAGCAGCAGCAUUAGCAGCAGCAGCAGUGGUGGCGGUAGUGGUAGUAGCAAUAACAAUGGGAGCAAGAGACUUCCCAGCCUGGGGCCGAUUCAGCAGAGCGAUGAGCUGGUUUGGCGCGGGCAGAUGCGUGGGUUUGAAGUGUUAUGGUCCUGCGAGGAAGGGCGUGGGCCGGGUAAUGGGCAACGGCGGAUGAGGGGGGGCUUGGAACGAUUCCUCGCGGGAGGAGAAAUGGAGCUUGGGUUGGGGUUGGGGAUGUGA